GGGGGACCGCCCCCUCCCUCUGCCUCCGGCCACUGGCGCAGCGACCCGGGCACCUGCUGCCGUGGCUCUGAUCCUUCCCCGUCGUCCGGCAGGCUGCGGCCCCGACGGUUCGGAGCGACUUUCAUGGGGACAGGGGGGUGGUGUUCAGGGACCGUGCCCUUGUCCCUGAGGCGAACCCGGACGCGUAGCCUGCGGGACCCGAGCCGAGGAGACCCUGCUUUGUCCUCCGGAGGCUCUCCUGCCGCUCAGCGGCAUCUUCUUCUGUGUAAAAGCAGAUGGUGGCUCAAGUGUCAGAGGAUGGCACGGUCACGCUCUCGAUCCCCCAGGUGGAAACACAGGUCUUUAUCACCAGUACCUAGAAAUUCUGAACACUACAAGCAAAGACAUUCUCAUGGGCAUUAUGGCUGUGAAUAUAGGAAGGAUCCAAAAAGACCCAUCACUUGGCGAAUAGACAGUGAGAAACAUGGACCGAGUAAACCGAGGAUUCCUUCUCGUGGAAAUGUGCAUUACCGAUCUUACGAACACAGAUCACCUUCCCCAAAUUUAAGAAGAAACUCUUUAGAAAAUGUUUAUACUUACAAGCCUUACCGAGCAUACUUGUCAGGAAGAGGGGAUGGUAACAGAAGAUCUCACUAUAUGCCCAAAUACUCAGAAGAUGUACCCUACAAAGAGUACCCAAGGAACUGUUAUUCCCAGAAAGGAGAAGGAAGGUAUAUUCCUGAUGACUACAGAGUCAGAGGAAGUGGAAAAGGAGGGAAACCGCCUCCGAGGUCAAUAGCAGAUUCUUCUCGGUUUGAAGGAAAGUGGCACGAAGAUGAGUUGAGGCACCAGAGGAUACAAGAUGAAAACUAUUCUCAGUCACUGAGAAGAGGCUCUGAAGACUUUGAGAAAAGGAGCUCUUUUCCGAAGAGGUAUCCUGAGGAUCGUGAUUUCAGAAAAUAUGGAUACACAUCAAAAAGACCUAAAGAUGUGGAGAGGUAUGAAAACAGAGAGCCUGCCAGGAGCCCUCAGUGGAAGUUCGGGCAUUCUCUUCCAUCUUACCAAGAGAAGAAAGAGCAGCGGAACCUUGGACCGCACACUCAUCGACGUGCUCAGAGGGAACCGCCAGAGACCAGUUCAGCAGCCAAGGUAUCCUGUGACUAUCGCCACAAACGCCGGAAGACCUCAAGUGGGGACCAGGACUUUCCAGAUGGAAGAAUUCAGAAGUACUCUAAGGAGGAAGAUAGAAAGUCCAGUUCUCAAAAAGGCCCUGAAAAUAGACAGUCCAUUUGUUUUAAUGCUGGAAGAGGGAGAGAGACUGAAGGUGGGCAAGGGAAAGAACCUUCCAAACCAUCUAAGAAAGACUGCGCUGACUGCACUGCCUCAACGCAUUCAAGUAAAAGUGAUGUUGGCCUGAGACCCUGCAGUGACAAACGGAAGGAGAAAGCAAAGAAAGAAGGGGAUGGCAGAAAAGAGAGCAACUCUUCCAGUAACCAACUUGAUAAAAGUAAACUUUCCAAUGUGAAACCUUCAUCCGCCAGUCUUGGGAAGAAAUCUCUUACUGUUAAAAUAGAUGUGAAGAAAUCACUAGAUACAUCCAGGGUUGCUUCUAGCUAUUCCACAGAGAGACAGAUGUCACAUGAUUUGGUUGCUGUUGGCAGGAAAAGUGAGAACUUUCAUCCAGUGUUUGAACAUCUUGACUCAACUCAGAAUACUGAAAACAAACCUACAGGAGAAUUUGCUCAGGAAAUCAUAACUAUAAUCCAUCAAGUUAAAGUUCCGGCCCCUCUCACCCAGAGAAGUGUGAUUCUUGGCAGAAAGGGAGGUGAUAUUGCAGACAAAUCCAGGCGAUUGUCCCAAAACAGGAACACAAAUUAUUUUCCAUCAUCUGACCUUACUCUGCAUGAGCGUUUUUCAAAAAUGCGAGAUAUACAAGCUGCAGAUGUAAAUGAAAUUAAAUUGAAUUCAGAUCCAGAAAUUCACAGGAGAAUAGAUAUGUCUUUGGCUGAGCUUCAGAAUAAACAAACUAUGGUAUAUGAACCAGAACAGACUCUGGUCAAAAUAAUAGAUCCAAAUGAUCUACGACAUGACAUUGAAAGAAGGAGAAAAGAACGGUUACAGAAUGAAGAUGAGCACAUUUUUCACAUAGCUAGUGCUGCAGAGAGGAAUGAUCAGCCCUCCAGUUUUUCGAGGUUGAAGAGUACUCAUGCUGAUGAAUUCCAAAAACCUACGGAUUUUUUAAAGUCAAAUUUUAGAAAAUUUAUUCAGAAACCUCACAUGAAUUAUACUAUGCAGAGAAAAGACAUCAUUACUCAGAAACCCUUUGGAGUUGAGGGAAGACGUCAAAACACAGCAGGCUUUAGAAGACCUUUUAAGACCAACUUCAGAGGUGGCCGAUCCCAGCCCCACUACAAAUCAGGCCUAGUGCAGAAGAGCUUAUACAUUCAGGCUAAAUAUCAGCGGUUACGAUUUGCCGGUCCGAGGGGAUUUAUCACUAAUAAAUUCAGAGAAAAGUUACUGAGGAAAAAAAAGAUGUAAGUCCUGAGAAACUUUGUCUAUAUGAUUAAGUAGAUGAGAAUGAAAGGACUUUUCUUGUAGCAAUGCCACUUGGUUCUUUGGACUCACUGAAUUAUAGGCCAAAAAAACACUUAGUGAUCUGUCAUUGAAAACUGUUUUGAAUGUUCUUUUACUGACAGCUCGACUUUGUCCUUCUUCAAUUUUAUUAAACAGAAGCAAAGAAUCAGAAGCCAUGUGGCUUGCAGAAGUAUGCUGCUUACUACUAGCUGCUAGGGCAGGUUCAUUUUCUUGACAUCAUUGCCAGUAUUUCCAAUUGCCCUGUUUUGGGGGAUCCCCAGGUAAUGCAGAGUAGUAAAAUUCAGGAUAAGAAGGUGUAUCUUUCUCAUAUAAAGUAGGAGGUGAGGGACCAGCCCUAAUCAGUUGUGCAGACAGGUUAAUUUUGGAAAGUGAACACUGGGAAUUUGAAGAUCUAGAUGUUACUUCUUUCCAAACUAUCUGUCCCCAUAUGCUCCUUAGAAAGUCUUCACGUGUCCCUAAUGGUAGGCAUCCCCCAGUUUGAUAAUUGCUGACAUGCUUAACCAAGCCUCUGCUGAUGACUUUGGGAUAGCUUCCAGGUUUUCUUUAUUUUCGGUAACACCACUGGGCACACUGACAUUUUGGUACCUCGCCACAGUCUGCCUUUUACUCGUUUCUCCUCUGACCAGAAGUACCUGAAAGGGCCUGUUUACCUACACGCUAGCCAGUUCUCCACGUUAUCAGUCUUUGUUAUCCAUUGUCACCCUAAUAGAAGAAAACAGUUCUCAUUUACCUUUCUUUGGUUAUUAAUGAUGCAAGCAUUGUUUUAUGGGUCUAUUGGCCGAUUGCAUACCUUCCCCCAAUUUCCUUAUUUCUGUGCUUUGCCAGCAUUUCUGUUGAGGGAUAGUACUUUUUCUUAUUUAUUUGUAAGCACUCUUGAUUUAUUGAGGGUAUUAACCUGUCAUACAUUUUGCUGGUAUUUAUUUUAUGUUUGUCAGUUGUUUAUGGUGGCUUUUACAUCACAAAACUUAUAAAUGUUCAUGAGUUUAUUUGAGUUGGUUCGAUAUGGCUUCUAGAUUUCUUAUCAUAUUUAUCCUUACAAAAAUUCCUUAUGGUAUUUCCUUUAAGUGGUUUUAUGGUUAAUUUUUAAACACAUACAUAUUUAUUCCCUUUAGAAUUCAUUUUUCGAAAUAACAUGAGCUUAGAAUCUAAUUUUUUCCCAAUGAAUCGUCAGUUUUUAAACAUCAUUAGUUGAAUAAUUUGUCCUUUCCCCCACUGAUUGAAAAUGCUACCUUUAGUGUAUGCUACAUUCUUACAUAUUCCUCAUCUGUCUUUGGAAUCUUCGGAGCCUCUAACUUGUUUCCUUGUCUGCUGUGAUUUACUUAUUCUGUCCAUUUGCUACUAGCACAGUUAUUGUCCCAGAACACAGAUUGAAUCAUGUCACUCGUAGGCAAACCCCUUCCAAGGAUUCUAUUGCCUACAAGAGAAGAGACCAGACUUUCUCGCCAGCUCCAGUCCUAAUAAGCUGCCUUUCUAAGCACAAUUCUUCAUGGACCCUCUGCUUUUUGGAGCAUAACAGACAUUUUCAUGUGCUUGUGUUUGCUGCUGGUGUUCUCUUGCCCAGAAGUAGCCUCCUGAUCCUCAUGGUUUUCUUAUUAAACCCUUUUCUCCUUUUUUAAACUUUUUUUCCU